AUGGGGGAGCAGCUUCCGGAACUGGAGAUAGUUACAGUUCACUUACCGCGGUCAGCAGGCGAAGAGGAGCAGACGUCCGUGGAUCUGUUAAAGGGUCAGAACACUGACCUUCUCCCGGACACCUGGACGGUGCUCAAAUGUACAGAGACAAGUGGGAGAAAGCUGGUGACCCUGGGAGUAGAGCAGCCGGCUCUACUGUUGCUCCAGCAAAAGGGUAUACUCCUGAGCUACCGUUUUGGCCAGCUCCCAUGUCGUCUGCACAAGAAAAAGGGCGCAGCAGCGACAGUGACACCCACAGCCGGGCCUAGCACCACAGUGGCUGUCUCCGAUGUAGUCAACACGGUCGAGAGGAAUGCACUAGCUGAACUCGAGGCUGAGGUUGACAACGCAUCGCUGGGAGGCCUAGAUCUGGAAGGGCUACUGGUGGGAGAGUCGGAGGAUGGCAAAUCUGAAGACGAGCAGACGCUCGUCUCAGAUAGCCGAGACGAUAGUCUAGCGCAUUCGGAGGAGGAGCCCGUCCUUUAA